CUGGUCUGUCAGAUAUAUGAUAAGCCAAGAAGUCAGCUAUAAUACGUUUGCACAACUUCCAAACUGUGGAGGAACUAUCUUGGCAUCGGCUGGGUAUUUGAAUAUUGAAUCGGCUUGUGCCCUGAGACAGCUUACAGGUAAAAUGGCAGCAGCAGGUCCUUACAUGAAAAUUAAAAUUGACCCUCAGAAUCUACAGAUUCAGACGCAUACUGUGGAGAAGUUGCUGGAACCUCUCAUAAUUCAGGUGACCACAUUAAUGAAUUGCCCCCAGAAUCCUUCUGGCAAGAGAAAAGGAUGUUCCAAAAGAGCGCGUGUCAUUCUUGCUUCCGUGGAAGAAGCUACUUGGAACUUGCUGGAUAAAGGGGAGAAAAUUGCCAAAGAGGCGCCUGUCCUGAUGGAAGAACUGAACGCUGCCCUCCACGAGGUUCGCAAAGAAAGUGAAGCUUUGAAGAUAACAGCGAAAAAAUUCACCGACGAUCCUUGUAGUUUAUCUAAAAGAGAGGCGGUUGUGCAAAUAGCACGUGCUCUUUUGACUGCUGUUACCAGGCUUCUUAUUCUGGCAGAUAUGAUUGAUGUUUCAUACCUGCUGCAGCAUCUGACCACAGUGCAGAGAAUGCUUAUGUCUCUUCGAAAUGUAUCCAGUAAAUCAGAACUGCAGAAAACAUAUCAACAUCUUCAGAAAGAAUUGAAGAAGCUGGACCAUUUGGCAUUUAAGCGGCAGCAGGACUUAAAAUCUAACAGUCACCGAGAUGAGAUUGCAGCUGCACGGGCUUCUCUGAAGGAGACGUCGCCUCUUCUGCAUUCAGUUUGCUCCGCUUGCUUGGAACACUCUGAUGUCGCCUCUCUCACUGCCAGCAAGGACUCUGUUUGUGAGGAAAUACAAAAUGCUCUUGAUGCCAUCUCCAAUGCCUCUCAAGGAAUUGGACAUCCAAAAGUUCAACAGGCGCCACAGUCAGCCUCUCUUGGAAGUGCACUCGAUGAACUUGCGAGUUUGGUUGCCUUGGAUUCUCUCACUGUAAGUGAAGACCAAAUAAGACCAUCACUUGAAAAACGGUUGGAGGGAAUUAUCAGUGGAGCUGCUUUAUUAGCCGAUUCCUCCUCUACUCGUGAUCUUCACCGUGAGCGCAUCAUCACCGAGUGUAAUGCCAUCCGCCAAGCUCUUCAAGAUCUUCUUUCAGAGUACAUGAAUAACGCUGACAGGAAGGAAAGAGGGAAUGCCUUGAAUGCAGCAAUAGAUAAUAUGUGCAAGAAAACAAGAGAUCUCCGCAGACAGCUUCGCAAAGCAAUAAUUGAUCAUAUCUCGGACUCCUUCAUGGACACGACUGUGCCACUUCUAGUGCUCACUGAAGCUGCUAAAAGUGGGCAUGAAAAAGAAAUCAAAGAAUACGCUGCAAUAUUUACAGAGCAUACACAGAGACUUAUUGAGGUGGCUAAUCUUGCUUGCUCAGUAUCCACAAAUGAAGAAGGAAUUAACAUUGUCCAAACAGCAGCCAAUCACUUGGAGACUUUGUACCCUCAGGUUAUCAAUGCUGCCGUAGCUCUUGCGGCCAAACCCAAAAGCCAGGUGGUAAAAAACAACAUGGAAAUGUAUAAAGCCACCUGGGAGAAUCACAUACGUAUACUCACAGAAGCUGUGGAUGACAUCACAAGCAUUGAUGACUUUCUUGGAGUAUCAGAAAGUCAUAUUCUGGAGGAUGUGAACAAGUGCAUCAUUGCCCUAAGAGAGCAGAAUUCCGACGAACUGGAUCGGGCAGCUGGUGCCAUCCGUGGGAGGGCAGCAAGAGUGGUGGACAUUGUCUCGGGUGAGAUGGACAAUUAUGAGACUGGAGCCUACACUGAAGGAGUGAUGAGAAAUGUGCGCUAUCUCUCAAAUGCCGUGAUUCCAGAAUUUAUUACUCAAGUCAACACCGCGCUGGAAAACUUAAGCAGGAAUACGAUUCAUCUGUUUGAUGAUAAUCAAUUUGUUGACAUCUCUAAGAAGAUUUACGACACAGUUCAUGACAUUAGAUGUUCAGUUAUGAUGAUUCGGAGCCCAGAAGAGUUAGAAGAUGUAUCUGACCUUGAAGAAGACCAUGAUGCCCACAGUCGCACCAGUAUUCAGACAGAAGGAAAAACUGAUAGGGCAAAGAUGACUCAGUUGCCAGAGGCGGAGAAAGAAAAGAUAGCUGAACAAGUGGCUGAUUUUAAGAAAGUCAAGAGUGAGCUUGAUAAGGAGAUUGAAAUAUGGGAUGACACCAGCAAUGACAUCAUCGUUCUCGCUAAAAGGAUGUGUGUGAUUAUGAUGGAGAUGACAGACUUCGCAAGGGGCAGAGGACCACUGAAGAAUACAUCAGAUGUGAUUAAUGCAGCUAAAAUGAUCUCAGAGUCAGGAUCUAGGAUGGAUGUUCUUGCAAGGCUCAUUUCUAAUCAGUGUCCAGACUGGUCAUGUAAGCAAGACUUACUCGCUUACCUGGAACAGAUCAAGCUCUACUCCCACCAACUCAAAAUCUGCAGCCAAGUCAAAGCUGAAAUCCAGAACUUAGGCGGAGAGCUCAUCAUGUCAGCAUUAGACAGUGUGACUUCGCUGAUUCAAGCUGCCAAAAACCUGAUGAACGCUGUGGUGCAGACGGUGAAAAUGUCCUACAUUGCCUCCACAAAGAUUAUCCGAAUUCAGAGUCCUGCUGGCCCGCGACAUCCUGUGGUGAUGUGGCGGAUGAAGGCUCCCGAAAAGAAACCUUUGAUUAAGAAAGAGAAGCCGGAGGAGAUCUAUGCAGCCGUCAGGAAAGGUUCAGCUAAGAAGAAGAUCCACCCCGUUCAAAUCAUGAGUGAAUUCAGAGGGAGAGAAAUACCCUGAAAUUGUUAUUCUGUUCAUGGCACAGCUUGCCUAGAUGAGGAGGCUGCUGAGAUAAAAAGCUUUACUUUCCCCACUACUUUAAUGCCACGAAUGCACUAACGUUUCACAUGGGUGUGUGUUUAACAUUGUGUUACAUGAAGUCACUUCAUUUGUAGGGGAUGCAAGUUUUUCUACCCAGUUUAAGAGGAGCUAUCCACACAUUAUUUGAAACGUUUAGCUGUGUUUUUGUAUUGAUCACUCACUGGUGUGUUUGGCAUCUCCCCAUUUUGCAUACGCCAUAAAAAUAUUGACAUCUGUUGCACUACUAAUUGAUCAUAAUAUGCCAGGUUUAAUCAUGUGAAGUGUUGUUGGCUCAAAAGUUAAAGUUGCUCACGUGUAUCGUAUCUCAGUAUUUGUUAGCAAAAGUCUGGUCGGGAAUCUGACAUUUUGUAGAAGGGAAUAGAGAGAUAAAAGCAGUGGUGGGAUUCAGCCAGUUCGCACCACUUUGGGAGAACUGGUUGUUAACUUUCUGAGCAGUUUGGUAAACUGGUUGUUGGAAGAAAUCAUUAGGGCAGAGAACUGGUUGUUAAAUUACUUGAAUCUCACCACUGCAUAAAAGGUUCACUUCUAACCACUAUGAAUGGUAUCUGUCUUCCUUAAUCUCAGGUACUCUACCAAAGACCUGAGAAUUUAAGAGUUUGGCGCAGUAUCCUACUGUGUUUCCCCAAAAUUAAGACCCUGCCUUAUAUUUGAGGACCCAGAUUGUUGGGGGCAAUAUGCUGACUCUGUAAACCACUUAGAGAGGGCUGUAAAAGCACUAUGAAGAGGUAUAUGUCUAAGGGCUAUUGCUAUUACUUUUUUGUUUUUGUUUUUUGCCACCAAAAAAGGCACGAGGUCUUAUUUUAGGGGAAUGUCAUCCACUGACCAACUUCACUUGCGCGCGUCACCCCUGGCUUCCUUUUCGCUGUCAGAGGCCUUCAGGAACUUCUUCUUGCCAGCCUUACCAGCUGCAGAAGAAAUGGGCCGGUGAGGCAGGUGUCGGGGUGUGCGAGGCCUGGUUACCAUUCUCUCUGCAGCUCAUCUUUGGGUGUCAUCUUUCUAGUGUACUCCUGGAUUCUCUGGCUGGGGAAUUCGGAGAAUUGAAGUCCAUACAUCUUAAAAGUUACUAAGAUUGAGAUACACUGCUGUAUGGAAUCAAACGUUAGAUUCUGAAGGCGCAGGAUAACAAGAUGGUUGAUGGUUUUGAACUAGUGACAGUGAAGACUCCUGGGGCUACCAUGGAUAGGCAAGAAAAGAAAUGCAUGGUAGAAAAGUAAAUAAAUCCAGACUUCUCACUUGAGGCAGAAAAGAUUAGGCAAAAAUUAAACUACUUUCGACACUUCACAUUAUGUGAAAACCUGUUCCCUUGAAAAGUCGAUAAUGCUGGGAAUGGUGAGAGGAAAUAGAAGAUGAUGCAACUGCAAGAUGGAUGGACUCAGUUACAGUAGGAAUUGAUGCUCCAUUAGAAAACCUUAAACACUAGAUUGAGGGAAAGAUCAUCCUGGGGAAGGUCUUUCUAUGUAAUCUCCAAAAAACUGACACUGACUUGAUGGCACAUAAUCAGACAAUCAGGCAAUUACUACACCUCACUGAUUUUGUUUCAUUUUAUUAAAUAUCGACUAAGUGGAAGAUUACUGAGUGCUUUUAAAAAAAACCUAGUUGUCUAAAGGGAUUAUGUGUACAGCACUUUUAUCUUGCACCUUCACUGGUCCUGGGGUGCCCAUCAUUGGUUGAUUGGGAGCUCUCCAGGCCAAACAAGCCCUUUGAGACUCUCCCUUUCAAUUCCAGUUUCUGGUCCCAUGGGAGACUUUAUCUAGAGCCAAGACCUUGGAGAAGGGCCUUCACUCUUCCUCCCUCAAGGAUAAAAAUCGGGGAUGGGGGGGAGAGCAAUAAAACUUCAGACUCUUCUCUAAAACAGCAAUCUUGAUCAGAGGUGGGCUU